CUGCGGCCGAGAGCGCUGCCGGGCGGGGGCGGCGCGUCUGGGUCCCGGCCCGGGCGGGGGGAGCCGGGGCGGGAGGCGCUCGCCUCUGGGGGCCUUCAGGCGCCCGCCGCCCCGCGACCCCUUUGCAGGCCCGCGCGCUCCUUCCUGCUCCACGUGCGCGGGACCUCGGGGAGCUAAUCCGGGGACCCCGCUGUAGCUGGGAAUCGGGGUCCGGGUCCCCGCUGUAGUUCCCACCGCGCAAGGGGCAGCUCCGAGGGCCGUGGGCGCGUCAGACGCCAUGAGCGUGGGCUUCAUCGGGGCGGGCCAGCUGGCCUUUGCCCUGGCCAAGGGCUUCACGGCGGCAGGCGUCCUGGCCGCCCACAAGAUCAUGGCCAGCUCUCCAGACAUGGACCUGGCCACGGUCUCCGCCCUCAGGAAAAUGGGGGUGAACCUGACGCCCCACAACAAGGAGACGGUGCAGCACAGCGACGUGCUCUUCCUGGCAGUAAAGCCGCACAUCAUCCCCUUCAUCCUGGACGAGGUUGGCGCCCACAUCGAGAGCCGGCACAUCGUCGUGUCCUGCGCGGCCGGCGUCACCAUCAGCAGCAUCGAGAAGCACCCCUGCUGGCCGGGGCUGGGAGGGACACCCCGCUGGCUUCUCCUACAGAAGCUCAGGGCGUUCCAGCCGGCCCCCAAGGUCAUCCGCUGCAUGACCAACACGCCGGUGGUGGUGCGGGAGGGGGCCACCGUGUUCGCCACGGGCACCCACGCCCACGUGGAGGACGGCCGGCUCCUGGAGCAGCUGCUGGGGAGUGUGGGCUUCUGCGCGGAGGUGGAGGAGGACCUGAUCGACGCCGUCACGGGACUCAGUGGCAGCGGGCCCGCCUACGCAUUCACAGCCCUCGAUGCCCUGGCUGACGGGGGCGUGAAGAUGGGGCUUCCCAGGCGCCUGGCAGUCCGCCUCGGGGCCCAGGCUCUGCUGGGUGCUGCCAAGAUGCUGCUGGACUCGGAGCAGCACCCAGGGCAGCUCAAGGACAACGUCUGCUCCCCCGGAGGCGCCACCAUCCACGCCCUGCAUGUGCUGGAGAGCGGGGGCUUCCGCUCCCUGCUCAUCAACGCUGUGGAGGCCUCCUGCAUCCGCACCCGGGAGCUGCAGUCCAUGGCCGACCAAGAGAAGGUCUCGCCCGCUGCCAUUAAGAAGACCGUCCUGGACAAGGUGAAGCUGGACUCUCCUCCAGGGGCCGCGCCGGCCGCUUCGGGCCACUCCAAGCUGCUCCCCCGCAGUGUGGCCCCAGCGGGCAAGAAGGACUGAGGGUCCCGCCUGCGCACCGGGCUGCCCUCUGCCUUCCCUCUCCUGGGCUUGGAGCUCCUGCGCUGGGCGUCUUGAGGCCCAAGCCACACAGGGUGUCCUGUCCGCAUGGUGGCCUGCCCAUGGCUCUGGUCAACUUGGGCCUAGCAGGGUCAUAGCCGGGGGGGAUACAUCACUUCCCAGUGGGAGCCUCCCUGAGCGCUUCCUGGCCCAGAAGAGGGGUGGACUCUCUGAGUGCAACCUCCUCCUUCCUCUGCUCCCAGCUCAGAAGGGGUUCAGCUCCCAGUGUCAGCUGCCCUGGGGCUUGGCCCCUUCCUAAGCACAGAGGUCAAGGUUCCCUGCCCUGAAGGUCCAGCCAAGAGGAGAGCCCCCUCCCACGCCUGCCACUUCCCCAACCUCCUUGCGCAGGGACACCUCCCUCGGUGUCGGGGGACCAGCAUCCUGACCUCAGAGGAGGGACCUCGGUUCUUGGCCGGCUGCCAGCUGCCCCUUGCUCCCACUUGACACUUGAGAAGGGCUCCUCGGGCAGGUGGCCUUCCAGGUCCGCGGAGCACUCAGGCCACUGUCUCCCCCUCCUGGCCUUUUAGGUUCAAUAAACUGGUUUCCAGCCCUAA